AUGGCACUUCUCCCUACUUCUUUGCCCGGUGCGGAUCCGAUGCGGUGCAUCGCGCACAUGGACAUGGACUGCUUCUACGCUCAGGUGGAGGCGGUGCGCCUCGGCGUGGACUGCCGCGUGACGCCUCUCGUGCUUUCUCAGUGGGGCAGCCUCAUCGCGGUGAACUACCCGGCCCGUGCGCGUGGGGUGAGGCGGUUCAGCAACGUGUCGGAGGCACAGGCACUGUGCCCUGGACUCAUUGUUGCGCUUUCACCCAGCUAUCGCAUGGGCGAGGCUGUGAGCCAGUACCACCCGCAUCCCGUGCAGGACUCCUACAAGCUAUCUCUAGAGCCGUACCGGCACGCGAGCCGACAGAUCUUCUCGAUCCUCGCUGCAACUCCCGGAGUACAAGUUGAGAAAGGCAGCGUGGAUGAGGCGUACGUUGACGUGACGGAGGCGGCGCGACGGGAACUGGCGGAGGUGCGCGCUGCCGCCGCGGGUGCCUCGCUGGACCCGCUGGAGGACGUGAUGGAGCCGUCGACGCGGCUGAUUGAGGACCGGCGCGCGGAGAUGGAGGCGUGGCUCAGCGCCCGCGGGACGUCGCUGGCUGCUGUGUUCGACGAGCCGAUGCGGGCCCUGGUGCGUGGCGAGUGCGGGGCUGAGCUGGAGGGAAGCCGCGCCUUCUGCGUUGGCGCGGACGACGCUGCGUACGCGGAGCGGUGCCUGCUGCUGUGCGCUGCAUCGCGCGUUGUGCACCGGCUGCGGCAGCGCAUCUACGCGGAGCUGCACUACGACUGCUCUGCUGGGAUUGCGCACAACCGCGUGCUUGCGAAGUGCAUCAGCGCGACGCACAAGCCGAACCAGCAGACGCUGCUGCUGCCUGACCGGAGUGCGAGUGCGCUGUUUGAGCUGCCGCUGAGUGGGCUGCGCGGGUUUGGUGGCAAGCUCGGCGCCGCUGUGAGCGCUGUGUGCGGCGGUGUGACGGAGUGCCGCGAGGCGUGGCUUGUGCCGCUUGCGCAGCUGCGCAAGCUUGACGGGACGUGUGAUGUGGGCGACGGCGAGGAUGCUGAGGGUGACAGGGAGGGGCGAAAACGUCGACCAAUAGCCAGGAAACGGGGGCGCGCCGCCUCGGCAUCUCUGGAGAGGGACCUUCAAGGCUUGGUCGCACACACCACAUCGCUGUACGUCUUCUACCGCUUGCGCGGCCUGGCCGAAGACACAAUCUUGAACCGCCCUUUGUCCAAGACCAUCAUCGCGUCCAAGAACUUCGGGCGCAUCACCACCUCCGUGGAGAUGGUGCGGCGCUGGAUCAUCGUCUUGACUAGCGAGCUGUGCUCCCGCUACGAGGAGUUCACCGCUCUAUACCAGAUACGAGGGCGCAGCUUCAACAUCAAGCUCGGCAAUGACGGGUUCCGGAGUACGGGCGGUCUGUCAAGCCAUACCGUCGCGCUACCGGAGGCCAUGCAGCCGGACAUACUGGCCGCGGUGGCCAUGCGGGAGGUGCAGGCGGUGUUCCGCAACAAGCCGGGCGCCGCAGCGGACUCCGUAACCUUGACGAUCGGCGGCUUCGUCUCGGACGGCACCGGGGCAACUGGCUCUGUGGCACCUCUCGCUGCCACUCCUGGCAACCGUACUAGUGCUGGUCAGCGGCUAGCCGCGCGAGGGCAUCUGCGCCAGCAGACGCUCCUGGCUUCCUUCUUAGCCGCUUCAGCUGCUGACGGCGGGGCUGCUGGUGCAAUGCAUCAGCGGAGCGGCGGUAACGUGGCGGAGGUGCUCAGCAGUGAUGGGAGCGGGCUGGACGACUCCGACAGCAACGGAUCCGUGCACAUCGAGGACGAUGCCGUUAUCCUCUCUCUCUCCUCACAUAGUAUGAGCUCCAACAGUGGCGACAUGAGCACCGUAGUGCUGAUCGACCGAACUCCUCCGCUGCCUGAGCGUGAUGUCGUGCCAGAGACGCGCUGCGUGGCUAAGGUGCGGGCGCUGGAUGUGUGCAAGAGCUCGCCAUGCGAGGCAGCAGGCGCAGCAUCACCACCACAAACGCCGCACCUCUGCUCCCCGCUCCCAGCUGGCAAGGCAGCGACUGAGGAGAGCCAAGGGGAGAGUCGCGAUGCUACCGAGUAUCAUGAAGAGCACCAACGCCAUCUUGGAGGCCACCACCACAUUGUACCACAGCCGCCGCGAUCAGCACUGGCACUGCCAUUUUUAACAGCACCUCCAUCAUCGCCUGCGCCUGCCAACACUGUCGAAGUGGUCGAAGACAACGGCGGUGUGGAGGGCGACGAUGGUGUAACGAUCAUCGACUGA